GAGGUAUUGAAGCGACUUCUGCGUUUCCGGACAAAAGCGAAAAUGGUGGGACCCCUGCCUCCACUCAUAUCUGUUAUUGGCGCCACGGGGACUGGUAAAUCUCAGGUAUAGUACCCGCACACAAUAUUAAAACCCUCCCAAAAAAAUUACCGCCUCACCCAUCCUCAAGGGAAGAGUGGGGGAAUCUCUGGCUAACAAGGGGCUGUGCUUAUAGCUAGCGGUGGAUAUUGCCCUUGCUUUUAAUGGCGAGAUCGUUAAUAGCGAUGCCAUGCAAAUGUACGCUGGGCUCCCCAUAAUAACCAAUAAACCAACGGUAGCGGAAAUGCGCGGAAUACCGCAUCACUUGUUUAGUUUCCUGCGGAUUGACGAGGUUUAUCGCGUUGGCCAGUUUGUGAAGGAAGCCGAGAAAAAGGUAUAUUUCGCGCGGUUCGUGGGAAGCGAAGCUAACUAAUGGCCAGUGGAUAGAUUGAAGAGAUCAGGGGCAGAGGGAAGUUGCCAAUUGUGGUUGGCGGGACCCAUUAUUACGUUCAAUCUUUGCUGUUCCCACAUUCGAUUGGGAUAGAAGGGGAGGAGGAGCACCCUUUCCUGCCGGGGGCGGGUGAGGAUUUGGCUGUUAAAUAUCCGAUCUUGUAUUUCCACCUUUCCAUCACAUUACGCAUCGGCGGGUGAGGUCUAAUGUUUUAGAGACUCUCCGACGCCAGAGCUAUUCGCGGAGCUCCAGCGCGUUGACCCGGCGAUAGCGGAGAAAUGGCAUCCCAAUGAUCGCCGGAAGAUCCGGCGUUCCCUGCAAAUAUACUAUUCCACGGACGGGAAGCAAACUGCAAGUGAAGUCUACGCUGCCCAGAGAGCGGAAAAAGAAGUGAGCCGCUAUAGGAAUCUAGUUUUCUGGGUACACGCCGAGGCUGAAGCGCUGAAGCAGCGCCUAGACGCCCGGGUGGACAAAAUGAUCGAUGGUGGGAUGUGGAUUGAGGUGGAGGAGAUGAAGAAGACAUAUGACUCCAUGGAAGUAGACAUGACGAAGGGAAUCUGGCAAAGCAUUGGGUUCAAAGAAUUCCUGCCAUACCUACAACUCUACGCCUCCCGCUGCCAACAACAGCAGCAAAACCCAGACCCAGGACCGGAAGAGGCCAAGGAGAAACUCCGAGCAGAGCUAGAGCAAGCCCGCACUCGCUGCAUCGAAACCAUGAAGACCGCAACCCGCCAAUACGCUCGCACCCAAACCCGCUGGAUCCGCAUAAAGCUGCUCAACACCCUCCGCCUGCCAUCGCACAUCUACCUCCUAAACUCCACUGAUCCCUUGGCCAUCACGAAAACCGUAACCAACCCCGCCUUAGCCCUUGCAGAGCAAUUCCUUGCUAGCGGGGACCCUAGUCUGCCGGACCCGCGCAGCCUCUCAGCUCUGGCAGAGGAAAAUCUAAAACCUAAGCGCGAAGACUUCUCCUCGAGGCCCGAUUUGUGGGUCAAGAAGACGUGCGAGGUGUGCGGGGCCACUUGCAUUAAUGGGGAUAUGUGGGAGUUGCAUGUUAAGAGUUCGCGGCAUAAGAGGCUUGUGAGGAAGGCGGCGAUGAAGGAGGAGGUUGAGGGGUAUAUCCGCGCAAGGAAGGAGGAGAGGGAUAGAAAGAGGGUAGAGUUAGUGAGGGUUUUAGAGAGGAGGGUUGAAGAUUCAGCAGGGUUGGAGAUAUUUGAUGAGGAGGAGGAGGGCGGAGGAGGGAUAGGGGGCAUCUAAUAGCUUUUUCACAAAAGGUUUGUGCGUAUCAUAGCAGUUUUGACGCCUUCAGAAUGGGUAGGUGCUAAAGUGUAUUAUAAAAUGUCUACCGCAAGAUCUCCAAUAAUCGGAUUGUGUGCCGCC